GCGCCUCCAGUCGAUCGUGUUCGCCGCCGGCGCGAGCUUAUGUGUAUUGUUCUACUAAUUUCAAAUUUCGAACUUUAAAAUCAUUGACGUUGAAUUUUCGAAAUUGGAACGUUGGAACUAACAACAAGUGUUGCCAGUGGUUAUUUUUAACUCGUGAAAUACGAAAAGUGUGUAUGAAGGUUAAGUGACAAGUUGUGGUUAAAGUUCACUUAACGUUUAGUGGUUAACGUGAAAUUAUGUGUUUUAUUGAACUAUAAUUCGAGUUAAUCAUUUUGUAAGGCAUUGACAAACUGUUUACUAGUGAUGUGAUACAGUCAUGCAGUACAGCGUCAAUACGACGCAAUUGAGUGAGCUAGUGUUGUGAAUAACGAGCGUAUGUACACACUCAUGCUGACGACUGGAACUGUUGACGAUCAGCCCAUGGACGGGAACAUGUCAUUUUCAUCUUAUAAUAUGAUGGACUCAGGAGGAGCAGGUAUCGAGUCUCCGCCAACCUACCAUCGAAGCUACGAGCAGUACGUCCAAGGUGCCGUCGACACGAGCGCAGACUCACCCCAGGAGCAGACCAGCCCAGAACUUGUAGUCUGGUCGACCCUCCCCUACGGCAUAGACUACAGAACACAGUAUGACUACAGAAAUGCAUAUGAGUCCAGAGACUUUUCGACUCAGCAGUUCGCAAGAGCACCAUUUACAACUAAAAUGGGCCAGGCGAAGGCGCUGAAAGAAGCCAGGAUACGGAGACCCAUGAAUGCCUUUAUGGUGUGGGCGAAGGUGGAGCGGAAGAAGCUGGCUGAUGAGAAUCCAGAUCUGCACAACGCUGACCUUAGUAAAAUGCUAGGUAAAAAAUGGCGGUCGUUGACUCCCCAAGAUCGCCGGCCUUUCGUGGAAGAAGCUGAACGUCUACGGGUAAUUCACAUGACGGAACAUCCGAACUACAAAUACAGGCCCAGGCGGCGGAAGCAGAACAAGACAAGACCCAACCAGCCCACAGCGCCAUCUAGCGCUCCACCCUCUGCCACAACUGCAUUAGGAUCUCCAUACGCCACUGCCACUGACUCACCAGACACACGCUUCUCCCACAACCCUGGAGCUGGUUUCUCCCCAUACCGAACUUCGCCACUUGCGCCAGACUCGUACCAAACAAGUCAAUUUAAUGGCCACGUUCGAACACCUGAAUCUUCCCCAGCUCGAUCUCCCGAACCCCAAGGAAGAAGAAGCACCCCAGCAGAUGCUUCAAGAAUCGGAACACCUGACGCGUCCCCUGUCGAAAAUGAAAAGGAGAAUUUUCAGUAUGAAGAAAGGCGGAGGGCGAUUAAUGCCUCAUCUCUCUCUGAGUCGUACUCCUACAAGUCUUUCCGAUCAACUGGGUCUUACUCACCCGCGCCCGUAGCUGCCAUGGGAAUGGCAAACGGAAUGUAUGUGAUGUGUGCCCAAAGGUCUUUAGCCGAACAACCUCCAUUAGUAACUGGCACUUUCUUUCCACCAGUCGCUACAUCACAGGAUCAACAAGCUCUCGGCUCAACUGCCCCCAGGGUAUCCUCUGCACCAAGCGGUCCAAUGACAACAGAAUACAGCAUUCAAUACCAUCCAUAUGAACAAUACGAGCAAAUGUACAAAACAGAGGAUUCAUAUGUGUCCCACUACCCUGAUCAACCGAAAACUGAGUAUGAUAAUAGCGGAACAUAUUUCGCAGAAGAACCCCCUCAAGGACAAGAGAACGAGCAAGUAUUUAUACCUCGACCAGAAAUACGGACUGGUUCUCCUGAAUCUGACGUAGAUGCUCGUGAGUUUGACAAGUACUUGGAGUAUAACGCUCAGGGUAUGGAGCAGCACCAGCAGUAUAGAUAUGAACAGCAGCAGUACAGGCCGUAUUGCCCAGAGCAGCAACCGCAAGAUUACUGUACAGAGAGGAUGUAUCCAUCUCCCUACGCAUCAGUUAUAGCUGGGACGCCCCCUUCAGGGCCUUACACGCCUGCUCCACCAGGCUUAGCCGAUGCCCGCCCUGACGAUGAGUUCAGCGUUAUCUUGGCUGGAGUAAGACAGACCUGUUACAGCAAUUGACUAUACCGAGAAUGAACAUAUCAAAGCCUUAGAAUAAUAACUCAUUAUGAACACAAAAUGUGAUCUUUGCACGAUGUGUUAAAAUAUUUUAGUGUAGACAAAGUUAAUCAGGUGUUAUAUAUUAAUUAGUUUUUUAAUGUUCCUAAGUUGAUAAAUAUGCGAGAAAAUUUAUGAUUAAUAUUAUAUCUGAAUGCCGCAAAGUGCCUGGUGUUCUGUUCUGUUCCAAAAUGUGUAUCUCCAAGUUAGGGCCUGAUGUGAAUUUAUUCUGAGUUUAUUUUGACGUAAUCCAAUUCACUGCACCAAAUUGCAGAUUCUAUAAUCUUUGAACUCAAUAACAAUAAAG